CUGAAUGCGCACACAUCGAAUAGUAUUAAUGUUUCCGUACUAUCAUAUAAUACUCCAAAAGUACUAUCCCAAUCAUUCUCAUCGUUCUACAUCAAAGAGGAAGUCUUCCAAGGUCUUUAAGAGACUCAGAGAGAAUACAUGAAGCAUAGAAAUUUCUCACCGGAAGUUACGAAAUUGGAAUUAUCCUAUAGCGAUUACAGAACAAAGUAGUAUGGAAGCGAUUCAUCGAAAUCAAUGGAAGCGUCAUAAAAGAUAUAAACAUCGACGUGUCCUUCAAUGUUCGCGAGACUGAAAUCUAUAAAGCCUCUAUUACAACAUUCCAUUACGACAAGCAAUGAAAUUCAAUGAUACAGCGAUAUUAAACUAAAGAUAAAAAUUCGCAAAGCAGGGUUAUAUUUUCAUCAAAAUGGUUUUCAGUGCAAUAGUAGUGACGUCAGCCUUGAAGAGCGCUAUCGGUAUAAUGGGUACAGGUUUAUGGCUCGUACCAUUAUUAAUCGCGGGUCUUUCUUACUAUCGUUACGAUCAACUGGAUCCUGAAAGUCGACUCAUCGACAGGCACCCUCUCUACUCUGAUUACGAUUUUAUUAUCAUUGGAGGCGGAUCGGCUGGGGCGGUAAUUGCCAGUCGACUAUCGGAAAUACCAAACUGGAAUGUGCUAUUGUUAGAGGCCGGCCCAGAUGAAAACGAGAUUACAGACGUGCCAUCUCUGGCUGCAUACUUGCAGUUGACCACGUUGGAUUGGAAGUACAAGAUUGAGGCUACAGGUAAAGCUUGCUUGGCUAUGAAGGGCGGCCGUUGUAAUUGGCCGAGAGGAAAAAUUAUUGGCGGAAGCAGUGUUCUUAACUACAUGCUAUAUGUGCGUGGUAAUAAACGAGACUAUGAUCAUUGGGAGUCGCUCGGUAAUUCCGGUUGGGGAUACGACCAAGUUCUUUACUACUUCAAAAAAUCGGAAGACAAUCGGAAUCCAUACUUGCGGAGAAGUCCAUAUCACGCGACUGGUGGCUACCUAACGGUACAGGAAUCGCCAUGGAAGACUCCCUUAGUGGUCGCUUUUGUUCAAGCAGGCGUUGAAUUGGGAUAUGAAAACAGAGACAUAAAUGGUGAAAAGCAGACAGGAUUUAUGAUAUCUCAAGGAACUAUUCGAAGAGGAAGCAGAUGUUCCACCGCGAAGGCUUUCUUGCGGCCUAUACGAUUACGUAAGAACAUUCAUACAGCUAUGAACAGUCACGUGACGAGAAUCGUGAUCGAUCCGUUAACUAUGAAAGCGACUGGCGUCGAGUUUGUUAGGAAUGGUCGCAGACAGAUAGUGAGAGCACGCAAGGAGGUGAUUUUGUCAGCAGGUGCCAUUAACAGUCCUCAAAUUUUGAUGCUGUCAGGGAUCGGACCGAAAGAACAUCUACAACACGUUGGUAUUCCUGUUAUCAAAGAUCUUCAAGUCGGCGAAAAUCUUCAGGAUCAUGUAGGAAUGGGCGGUUUGACAUUUUUGAUUGAUAAACCAGUCGCUAUAGUUCAAGAUCGUUUUCAGGCGGUUCCGAUGAUGAUGCACUACGUGGUCAACGGCCGAGGUCCCAUGACGACCUUGGGUGGCGUUGAAGGUUACGCCUUCGUAAAUACAAAGUAUGCCAAUCAUUCUAUCGAUUAUCCGGACGUGCAAUUCCACGUGGCACCAGCCUCCAUUAAUUCCGACGCGGGCGUACAAGUUCGGAAAGUUUUAGGGUUAACGGACGAAGUAUACAACACCAUCUACAGACCAAUUAGCAAUCGAGACGCCUGGACCAUCAUGCCUCUUCUGUUAAGGCCCAAGUCUCGUGGCACUAUACGUUUAAGAAGUUCCAAUCCUUUUCACCAUCCUAUUAUCAAUGCGAAUUACUUUUCCGAUCCUAUGGAUAUUGCCAUCCUGGUGGAAGGUGCGAAGCUUGCGAUCAAAGUCAGCGAGGCAAAAGUCUUUAAACAAUUUGGCUCGAGACUUCAUCGCAUUAAGCUGCCGGGAUGCAAACACCUCAAAUUUGGCACUGAUGCUUAUUGGGAAUGUCAUAUUCGACAUAUUUCUAUGACGAUAUACCAUCCUGUAGGGACCGCUAAAAUGGGUCCGCCGACAGAUCCUACAGCCGUAGUGGACCCUAGAUUGCGGGUUUAUGGUGUCGCGGGUCUUCGAGUUAUCGAUGCGUCUAUCAUGCCGACGAUAUGCAGCGGUAACACAAACGCUCCUGUCAUUAUGAUCGGUGAGAAAGGUGCUGACCUCAUUAAACAAGAUUGGCUACCACCUUCGACAAUUAAUCAUGAAAUUAAACGCAAGCUCAAAAGGAGCUAAGAAAAAAGUGGAUUCGAUCCGAAAUGUAUUAUAAUGUAUAAGGAUUCUCUCUCAAUUUGUUUGCAAGCGUAUCGCAUAGGAGCGAUUAUUCCUAAAUGGGAAAGAAAGAAAGAAAGAAGACUGUCAAAGAUGUUCAGAAAUUUUAAACUGUAAGGGCUCGUACAAACGAGUGAUUUUAUAGUGCCACAAUU